UCCCCAUGUGCACAUUUCCUCUACCUCUUAUGCUCAGAUGAUGAGUGCCUCUUACUGAAGACCAACGGACUGUGAGGAACCUGCAAGCAGAACUCUACAGUAUCUGGAUCCAAGGUGCUACCUCUGUUCUUCUCGCUCUCUCCUCCAUUCCUCUCUCAUUCCUUCUCAUCGAGAGGAGGUGCCAGCCAAACCUGAGGACCGUCGGACCCCGAGAGGGACACGGUAGUGAGAGGUAACCAUGACAAACCCAUGUACGGUGUUUCUGGAACUGCUUGGGAUGCUGAUCGGGAUGGGCGGCUGGUUUUGUUCGUUGGCGGCCACCAUCAUGCCUCAAUGGUUGUCACUUUCUACUGAACUAAUGGGCAUGGAGAGCUACGAACAAGGGCUUUGGGAGGCUUGCGUGAUCCAGGAGGUUGCUGGCAUGGAGUGUCGCCCCUAUGAUACUAUCCUAGGCCUCGAACCCAAGUUUAUGCUGGCCCGUGUUCUGAUGUGCGUUUCGGAUGCCACAUGUCUUCUCGGACUUCUCCUCGCCAUCCCUGCCAUGAGUCAGAUCAACUGCUGUAAGAGUGAGGAGGGAUGGAGGACGAAGCGAGGUUUGAAGAUCACGGCUGGUGUGUUUGUAUGCAUCGCUGGAUUGUUUGUGCUCUUUCCCGUCUCCUACGUCGCUCACGAUAUUGUUAUUAAGUUCUUUGAUGAGACCAUACCUCACGUGGUGCCACGUUCAGAGUUUGGGGAUGCGCUGUUCAUCGGCUGGGCUGCAGGACUUCUUGACAUUGUGGCAGCUGUGUUGUUUUUCGCCUCUUGCUCUGACUCAAGAGACAGUGAACCACAUCUGGUGCAUCACUAUCAAAGGCAGGAGAUCAGAACUAUUGAUGGUUCGAGAAAACGCACUGAGUAUGUUUGAGGGACAUUUGUUGUGUAAUGCCUAUUAGUGUUGAUGGAGCAGGAAAAAAACUUUUGGAUAAUAUCUUCUGGAAAAUGUUUAUACUUACAUUCAGUGUAUCCAUCAAUCAAACUCUUGAAACAGGUAAAGCAUUGUUAUGAUGGAUUUAUCCUUUAAAGUGCCCCAAUUAUGGAUUUUUGAAAAUUAUCUUUCAUGCAGUGUGUAACACAGUUCGAAGUGAAUGAAAA